AGGUGUAAGCCUGGCUGGCAAGGGGAUCUCUGUAAUGAAUGUGUUCCUUAUCCUGGAUGUUUACACGGAAGUUGUACCAGGCCCUGGCAGUGUGUAUGUGAAGAAGGUUGGUUGGGCAGCCUGUGUGACAUAGAUAUCCAUCCCUGUGCUGAAAAACCAUGCUCCAGCAAUUCAACAUGCAUAGAAACGGGUGAUGGUAGAUACGUGUGUAUCUGUGAAGAAGGAUUUAUGGGGAAAGACUGUCACCUUAAGAAAGGGCCCUGCUACAUUAAUGGCUCUCCAUGUCAAAAUGGUGGCACCUGCACAGAUGAUAAUGGUUUUGCACCAUAUGCCUCAUGCCAGUGUCCUUCUGGCUAUACAGGAACAUUCUGUGAAAUAGAUAAAGAUGACUGUGACCCUAAUCCAUGCUUCUCUGGUGGGAUAUGUACAGAUCAUGGAAACAGCUUCAGUUGUCAUUGUCCAGAUGGCUACACUGGACAGCUGUGUAGGACUAGAAUAUCAACUUGUCUAAGUAACCCAUGCGGAAAUGGAGGAACAUGCCACAAGAAUGAAGAAGGUGGAUUUGAAUGCAUUUGCAAGCAAGGAUUUUUUGGGAAAACCUGCAACUACAUGAACAAAACUGGGAGCAGCUACAUUUUCAGUCCAGAAGUCAGACAUGCUCAGCAUUAUAAUGUACCCCCAAAUACUUUUCAUAGGUCUGUACAUCAUCAACAGCGUGAACUGCUGAAGAUCACAAUGAAAGAGACAAUACAGAAUUCAGAUCCACUCCUCAAUAAAAGCCAGCUAAUUUGUUUCAUUGUGCUUGGCUUACUCACAUGCCUUGUUAUCCUGGGGACAACAGGAAUUGUAUUCUUCUCUAAGUGUGAGGUAUGGUUUGCUAAUGCAAAGUAUAGUCACUUGCUGCACAAGCAGAGAAGCCACUUCCUGAGAUCCAACAAUGGAGAAGAGCUAUCAGUUAAUAUCAUUUUCCCAGAGAACAUCAAAUUGACAAACUACAGUAAGAAUUACACAGCUAUAUAAUUUUGUAGAGCAAGAUGUCACAUUUCAAGACAAAUAUUUUACACGAUGCAGUUUAUUAGUAAAGAUGUCCUUACGGUACCGCUUCUGCAUAUCUGUUUAUGAAUUGAAUGUAUUUACAUUACAGUUGUACUAAAUAUAUUACCUUUAUUUACUUAUUUUUCUUUUAUGUUAAAUUAUUUAUUCAAAUUAAGCAGCAGCCCAUUUCAUUCAUUGCACUAAAAUUAAUUCUCUAGCUAGCCAUUAGAAAGUAUAACUCAAUUAAGACAUUAAGAUAGAUCAUAGCAUAUCAUCUGAUUUUUGUGAGUGGUGUUAGACUUGUUAUGUAACAAAGCUAAAGAUUUGCACGUUAAAUAGUUUGUUAUUAAAAUGGAUCUAGAAGGUGGUUUAAUAUUUUUUCUAUAUAAAUAAAAAGAAAGUGAUGUACGGCAGGUCUUUUUGUCACACUAGUUUAAAAUCUAAAAACAAAAAGCUCAGUUGUAGAUUCCAGAAACAUGAAUUUCAUUCUGAAGUGCCAAAUCACAUUUUGAUGCUAACAAGUUGCUUCUAAUUCAAAUUCUUGUACCUGGAAGUAUCUUAUGUGGUAGGAUAAUCAUGUGUUUCUUUUAAAAAUGAAAGGAAAACUUAGUAGUGUCAUUGAUUUAAUUUAAAAUAAAAAAUGUGCCAUGUUUUCUAUUCAGACAGAAGAGGUUAUCAUAUGAUUAUAGUGUAAUUGUUGCAGGAACCUAAAGCAGUCACAAUGCAACUAUUAAAUAAAGAAUAGAACAGCUAUGGCAGUUCUGUCGUUAUAUAUUCAUAGAGCAAUGUUUAGAAACUGCAUUCGUUUAGUAUAAUUAUUCUGAAAGUUAAUGUGUUUUAAACAGAGGUAACAUCAUAUUUUUUCAGACAUGGCAAUUGCAUGCAUGUUUUCACUUACAGCUAUAUGCUCCAAGUGUCAUGUAUAUCUUUUAAGAUUCUGCAUAAUUUUUACCCAGAAUAUUUGGAUGUGCUUUCACUUUUUUUCUAAUGUCCCCAAAAGCAUGGUUAUUUGGCGAAGCACUGAUAAAUGUAAUUAAAUCGAUUAAUUUCCAUUGAA